UCUCUCUCUCCUCUUCCCCCCCCCCACAACCCCCCGGAUUAGACCGGCGCCAGGACGACGACGGAGACGGCUGCUUCCUCGCCGCGUACCCUAAACCCUCCGCCCCGAUCCAUGGAGGCCGCGGAGGCCGACUGGCCGCCCGAGCUCCGGCUCCCGCCCCCGCCGCCCCCGCCCCCGGCGGAGCCACCGCCCGCGCAGACGGUGGGGAUGGACGAUUCGCAGUUCCUGGGGUCGAUCAUGGGGGAAGCGGCGCGGCAGGGGGCCGCGGAGGCGCCGGCGCAGCAAGGGGCGAAGAGGAAGAGGGGGAGGCCACCGAAGAAGAGGGACGGGGCAGCGGUGGUAGCGGCCGCGAAGCCCGCGAGGGUAAGGAGGGCGGAUGAGGAGGAGGUCGUGUGCUUCAUCUGCUUCGAUGGGGGCAACCUCGUCGUGUGCGAUCGGAGGGGAUGCCCUAAGGUCUACCAUCCGGCGUGCAUCAAGCGUGACGAGGCGUUCUUCCAGUCCCGGAGCAAGUGGAACUGCGGUUGGCACAUAUGCAGCAGCUGUGAAAAGGCAGUGCACUACAUGUGCUACACUUGCACAUACUCCCUUUGCAAAGUGUGCAUCAAGCAAGGUAAAUUCUUCAGUGUCAGGGGGACCAAGGGCUUCUGCGACACAUGUUUUGGGACUAUACUUCUGAUAGAAUCCAAAGAUGAAGCUGCUACAAAGGUUGAUUUUGAUGACAUAACCAGCUGGGAGUACCUGUUCAAGCUAUAUUGGUUAGAUCUGAAAGGGAAGCUUUCACUAACAUUGGAAGAACUUACUAGUGCCAAGGACAGAUGGACUAUUCCUAACACUUCUGCUAGGAAAGAAAAAGAGGAGUCAUCAGAUGACCUAUAUGACAUUAAUAAUGACGAUGAUGUUGGUUCUGACUGCUCCUCAGGAAAACGAAGGCGAACGAAUUCUUCAAGGAAAAAGGGCCAAAAACGUCAAAAGGUAAAUUCAGAUUGUAGCAUUGCUGGGAAAAAGGUCGAACUUGCAAUUAGAGAUGCUGGGAGCCUACCCAUGAAAGUACCAAGUGAAGGGGUUUCCUUGCCAGCAGACACAAAAUGGGCGUCACCAGAGCUAUUGGAGUUUGUAGGACACAUGAGAGAUGGUGAUCGAUCUUUUAUUUCCCAAUUUGAUGUUCAGACUCUUUUGCUUGAAUAUAUUAAGAAGAAUAACCUCCGUGAUCCUCAGAGGAAAAGCCAAAUUGUUUGCGAUGCAAGACUUCACCGUUUGUUCAGGAAAACACGUGUUGCUCACUUUGAGAUGUUAAAGCUUUUGGAAAUGCAUUUUCUUAUGAACGAGACUUCAAGAGUAAAUGAUAACAGCCAAACGGCCACCAAUCUUAAUUCAGCUCAAAUAGUUACCAAUGGAUGCAGUGACAUGGCAGCAAAAUUAUCUCCUGAUAAGAGGAAGAGAAUGCAUAGAAAGAUGGAAAGAGAACAGCUGGUUAAUCUUGAGGCUUAUGCAGCCGCUGAUAUGCAUAAUAUAAAUCUAAUCUACAUGCGACGCAGUUUGAUGGAGGAUCUAAUUGAUGAUGCCACAUUCUCGGACAAAAUUCAUGGUGCUUUUGUGAGGAUAAAAAUUUCUGGUAUUGGUCAGAAGCAAGAUAUGUAUCGUCUAGUGAAAGUUGUUGGAACACACAAGGUUCCAGAAAAAUACAGCAUUGGGAAGAAGAUGACAAAUUUCGCACUUGAGAUAUUAAAUUUAGACAAAAAGGAGAUUAUUGCGAUGGAUACAAUAUCUAAUCAGGAUUUUACAGAGGAGGAAUGCAAACGCUUAAGGCAGAGCAUGAAGUGUGGUCUAAUUAGCCGACUAAAAGUGGGAGAUGUUCAAGAGAAAGCUAAGAUCUUGCAAUCUGUGAGAGUGAAUGAUUGGUUGGAAAAUGAAAAGCAGAGGCUGGGGCAUCUUCGUGACCGAGCAAGUGAAACAGGGCGCAGAAAACAACUUCGAGAGUGUGUGGAAAAGCUGCAGCUCCUCAACAAUUCUGAAGAAAGAACUCGCAGGAUAAAUGAAGUUCUAGAGGUGCAUGUUGACUCCCACAUGGAUCCUAACUACGAAUCUGCUGAAGAAAUGGACGACAAAAAAGCUGUUGGAAGGAAUGUAAAUUGGACAAGAUCAGAUACAUCCAUAUCACGAAGAAAAUCAAAAUAUCCAAACACUAUUCCAAAUUAUAGACAAAAAGUUUCUGAUGCUAACCAUCACCCAACAAACCUGUCCACGGAAAGUACAAUACGGGGCUCGGGAGCAGGAAGAAAGUUUGAGAAUUUCCAUUCAACAAAUGGCACAGAUAUUCCAAAAUCCAGCCCUAUGUAUGAAGCUUUAUCACUGUCAUCUUCUGGAGUAACAAUGUCAAGUGACACGGAGCCAGAGAAAGUCUGGCACUACAAGGAUCCUUCUGGGAAUGUUCAGGGCCCAUUCACUCUUUUGCAGCUAUCCAAGUGGACAAGUUACUUCCCAUGUGAUCUGAGAGUAUGGCUUACAUUUGAGAGUGAAGAGAGAUCGUUGCUGUUGACUGAAGUGCUUUCAAAACAACAGAAAGAUUUUACUCAGGCUGCAUCAGUUACUACAAGUAGCAAAGCAACAUCGGCUGACACUGGACAUAACAUAAACGCCCCAAGUGUGGAUCAGACCAAUGCUCUAUCCCCUGUUGGUUAUAGUAUGCUUAAUUCUUCUGGAAUAGCUGUUCAGUCUAAUAAGUAUUCUGUUCCAGAAAGAGAAAGUGUGAACUCUCCCGAUGAUAGCUUGUCACUCUCAACUAGUUCCGUUCCUCCAAAGGAUGCUCAUACUUUGAAUAGUCAAGUACAGUGCCAUACUAAGCAUUCAGUUUUCGUUCAAUCUCCUGGAAGUUCGUAUGGACAGACAGACUUGCACCAUGAUGGAAUGCAGGGAGGAUGCUCUGGUGAAUCAAACCAUCGGCACAGCAGUGGUGCCCUGUGGAGUCCAACCACGGCCCAGAUGAGUUGUAGUGGACAGGCUAAUGUAGAAUCUCAUCACAAUCAGCAUGCUUCAUGGUCACAAAGCCAACAUGAUUCUAAAAAUAAUUCACAAGGAGAAUCUGUAAAAGAUCUGAAUUCAAGACAGGAUCUGUUGAAAAUCCUUCCUACUCAACGAGGUGGGAAAGAUGUCCCCAGUCCUGUAUUUGCUUGGAGUCCAUCUGAGUCCAGAACCGCUUCAAGUCAACAUGAAGGCUCUUGCUUAAGUUCAACAACCAAUCCAAGCUUUCUCGAUGAACAUCAUUCUUUUGUUGCUUAUGCAAAGCCUAAGAGUUGUGCUCCAGCAACACCUAUUGAAGACAGAGGUUCAAGUUCGCCGUCAGGCAUGCUGAGCCACUCUGAAAGAGUUCCAAUAUGUGCAUCUGCUUCCGAUAUGUGCAAGAUGGAGGAGAUCAUGAAUCAGCAAAGAACACUUGAAGCGGAUACAUCAAAUACUUCAGUUAAUCAGUCUCCUGAAUCUAAGAUUUUCCCUGUAUCUUCUCCUGAUAACCAAGAUAUUGACCGUGAGUUUCCUAGUCCAACUCCAAGAUCUGAGAAUAAGGAACCUGUGGCUGACAACUCAGGGUUAACACCAGCAUCACCUGAAAAUUUAACUAAUACUUAUUCGCCUGUUUCCGAUACAUGCAAGAUGGAGGAGAUCGUGAAUCAUCAAAAAGUACUUGAGGGGGAUGCAUCAAAUUCUUCAGCCAAUCCUUCUCCUCAAUCUAAGGCUUCCCCUGUUUCUUCUCCUAAUAACAAAGAUCUUGCACAUGAACAUCCCAGUUCAACCCCAAGGACUGAUAAUAAGGAGCCUGAUGUGGACAAUUCACCUUUAACAUCAGCAGCUCCAGAAAAUCUAACAACGGCUUCUGCAUCUACAUCCGAUACAUGUAAGAUGGAGGAUAUCGUGAAUCAGCAAAAAACACUUGAAGCAGAUGCAUCAAAUGCUUCACUUAAUCAGCCUACUCAUUCCAACAUUUUCCCUGUAUCUUCUCCUGAUAACCAAGAUAUUGAGCAUGAAUAUCCUAGUCCAACUCCAAGACCUGAGAAUAAGGAGCCUCUUGUGGACAACUCAGGGUUAACAUCAUCAGCGCCUGAAAAUUUAACUACUACUUCUGCAUCUGCUUCUGAUACAUGCAAGAUGGAGGGGAUCUUGGAUAAGAAAACACUUGAAACAGAUGCACCAAAUGGUUCGGCUAUUGAGCGUGAAUAUCCUAGUCCAACUCCUACUGAGCGUGAAUAUCCUAGUCCAACUCCAAGAUCUGAGAAUAAGGAGCCUCUUGUGGACAACUCAGGGUUAACAUCAGCAGCACCUGAAAUUUUAACUACUACUUCUGCAUCUGCUUCCGAUACAUGCAAGAUGGAGGGGAUCUUGGAUAAGAAAACACUUGAAACAGAUGCACCAAAUGGUUCAGUUAUUGAGCGCGAAUAUCCUAGUCCAACUCCAAGAUCCGAGAAUAAAGUGCCUCUUGUGGACAACUCAGGGUUAACAUCAGCAGCGCCUGAAAUUUUAACUACUACUUCUGCAUCUGCUUCCGAUACAUGCAAGAUGGAGGGGAUCUUGGAUAAGAAAACACUUGAAACAGAUGCACCAAAUGGUUCAGUUAUUGAGCGCGAAUAUCCUAGUCCAACUGCAAGGUCUGAGAAUAAAGUGCCUCUUGUGGACAACUCAGGGUUAACAUCAGCAGCGCCUGAAAAUUUAACUACUACUUCUGCAUCUGCUUCUGAUACAUGCAAGAUGGAGGAGAUCUUGGAUAAGAAAACACUUGAAACAGAUGCAUCAAAUGGUUCGGUUACUCAGUCUCCUCAAUCCAAGAUUUUCUUCGUAUCUUCUCCUGAUAACCUAUAUAUUGAACGUGAAUUUCCUGGUCCAACUACUAGAUCUGAGAAUAAGGAGCCUGUUGUGGAUAACUCAGGGCUAACAUCAGCAGCACCUGAAAAUUUAACAACUAAGAUACCUGGUGUGUCACCAGAUUCUUUGGUAAUGCCAAAGUCUGGCCCUCCAAGUGGGGAAUUGGGUGCUGCAGAAUCAGAUUUUAAAGUCGAAGAAGAAAUCAUUCAAAAAGAACUAUACAGUGAAUCCACUGUUGUUACAAGAGAGAACAUGGUAACUGAUCCUUCCGGUGAUGCUGAGUCGAUAGAUGUGUCUAAUGUCUUGGAAUCUUUAAUAGAACAAAGGUGUGGAACUUCAUACAUGCACGGAACAGCAGCAUUGGAGGAUUUCCUUGCCACUUCAGCCGAGGAAGAACCACAAUGCUCUAGCCCUAUCGCAUUAUCCCCUUGGGGUGUACCUAGUUACUACCAAGGUGAUACUGUUGAUUCUGCACUCUGGGGUCUCCAAGAUGAUUCGAUCAAUGAUGAUAUGUGGUCAUUGCUUUCUCCAACUCCCACACUCCAACCUUCAUCUGGUAUUGGAACCGAGGGAAAUGACACUCGUGAUAUCUAUGAAGUAGCUGUGCCCCAUGGAAAUAGUGAAAAUUUUCAAAGAGGACCAACGCCAGGGGAGGAAAAUGUGAACCAGGCAAUCUCGGGUGUUGUCACGGAUUGGGUACUGCCUGAGCUGGUCAAAUCAAAACCAAAUGAUGUGUCUGUAUCAUCAGUAGAUGAGAGUACAGGAGUUUUAGGUUGGCAGCCAUCAGCCGAUCAGAGCUUAUAUGCAGGUACUGAAUGGAGCACUAGCCAGAAUCUUCACUUGUCUAGUUGUGAAAAAGCAGUGCCUUCAAGUAAAAUCUCUUGGGAAGAAUCAAGGAAGAAGGAAUGCACCAAUUCCAGUGUUUCUAGUUCAGGAGAGGCCAUUGGAAACACCAGCAAGGGCUGGAACCCACCUUCUGGUAGUGCUAGUCGGGGCAGCCACCGGAGUCGUCACCGUGACAGGUACUCUCAAAUAAGCGAAUCUUGGCUUCUUAGUUCAAAUUACUCUAGGAGUAGGUCUGAUAGAUUUGACACUGGUGGGUCAUCAAGAUCGACUUUGAAGGGGCAAACUAGGGGCGUAUGUAAAUUUCACGAAAGUGGGCACUGCAGGAAGGGUGCAUCUUGUAGCUACCAGCAUCCUUAAUCUCUGCCGUAGAAAAGAGAUCCUUCUCAUAUCUUUCCACAUUUGUAUAGGCUAAUUACAAUGUAGUCAAAUGUAGUCAACAGAGCGUAAAUGACUAUCUCUGCUCCACUCAACUGCAGCAAGGAGUAUAUGUUUAGAUUUAGCAUAGAGGUGUGACUGAAUGCCCUGCCCAAGAAGUGGAUUAGGCUUUUUGGCAUGGUCUGUAUCAUUCUGUUUGGUUCGUGGAACUGCAUUUGUACCACCACGAUCCCUUCGUGCCCUGAUACGCUUGAUGUAUUUGGAAACAGUGAUGUCUUAUUGAUUGGUUUAGUUUCUGAUA